AUGGGCAAGACCAAAGAUGUCAAGGCCGCCAAGGCCAAACCCGCUGCGAAGCCCGCUGCGCCCGUCAAGGCUGCUGCCCCCAAGGCUGUCGAGAAGCCCGCUGCUAAGUCUGCCAAGGACAUUGCCAAGAAGGCCGUCGUCUCCAAGGAGAAGGCUGUCAGCGACAAGAAGUCCAAGAAGAAGGUUGAGUCUGAGUCAGAGGAGAGCGACUCCGAGUCUGAGUCUGAGUCUGUGUCCAAGUCCGAGUCCGAGUCUGAGGCCGGGUCCGAGGACGAGAGCGCCAGCGAUGCCUCAGAUUCCGAGUCGGAUUCGGAGUCUGAGGCCGACUCUGAUGUCGAGAUGACCGAUGCACACCCCCCUGUCACCAAUGGCAAGGCCAAGGUCAACGGUGCUGCUAAGGCGAGCACCGAAUCCGACGAGUCAUCAGACGAGUCAUCCGACUCCGAUGACGAGGAGGAAGAAAAGCCUGCUAAGGCCGCCAAGGCAGUGAAUGGCAAGGCCAAGAAGGCUGAGUCUGAUUCUGAGUCUGACUCUGAGGAUGAAGAUGAGGAUGAGGACGCUUCGAGCGACUCCGACUCGAACGGCUCUGAUUCUGACGAGGACGAGUCCGAGGAGGAGUCCGAAGAAUCCGAGUCCACUGAGGAGAAGGCCGAGGCCCAAAAACCGUCCAAGAAGAGGAAGGCCGACGAGGAACCCGAGAAGGCGACCGAUAAUGCCUCCAAGAAGGUGAAGGCCGAUUCUGAUAAGAGCGCUACCCUUUUCGUUGGCAACCUCGGCUGGGGUGUCGAUGACAACGUGCUGUACGAGGAGUUCAAGCACAACGAGGGCAUCGUCGGUGCCCGGGUCGUCACCGAUAAGGAGACUGGUCGCUCACGUGGCUUUGGCUAUGUCGACUUCGACAGCCCCGAGGCUGCGGAGAAGGCUUACAAUGACAAGAAUGGUGCCUACCUCGAAGGCCGUGACAUGCGUCUUGACUUCGCCCAGAAGCCGAGCACCGAUGGCACACCCAACGCUCGUGCUGCCGACCGCGCCCGCAAACAUGGCGACGUCGUCAGCCCCGAGAGCGACACUCUCUUCGUCGGCAACCUCGCUUUCACCGCCAGUGAGGACUCUGUUUCCGCCUUCUUCAACGAAGUCGCUCAGGUUCAAAGCCUGCGGAUCCCUACCGACCAGGAUUCUGGUCGCCCGAAGGGUUUCGCGUAUGUGACCUUCUCCUCGGUUGAUGACGCCAAGUCUGCCUUCCAGGCUCUCAAUGGCUCCGACUUAGAUGGCAGGCCUGUCCGUCUGGACUUCGCCAAGCCCCGUGACAACAGCGGCGGCGGCGGCGGCUUUGGUGGUGGCCGCGGAGGCGGUCGUGGAGGCGGUCGUGGAGGUCGUGGCGGCCGUGGCGGCCGUGGUGGCUUUGGUGACCGUGGCGGUCGUGGAGGUGGUCGCGGUGGGUUUGGUGGGAACCGCGGGGGUGGUGGUUUCCAGGGCAAGAAGAUCACUUUCUAA